AUGGAGGUCUCAGAUAAAGACCAGAAAUGUUUUCAAGUCCAGCACGCUUUAGACCGAGCGACGUUCUUGUUGGAUCAACAUCGGCAACACGUGAGAAAACUGGAGGAGAAGAUAGAGGAGAAGUGCGGCGUUUUGGCUUCGCAUAGGCGAGAAGCCUUGAAAGAGAUGGUGAAGGAAACGUGCAUUAUGAGAAAAAGCGCAAAUGGUUCUAUUUAUCGUUAAAUCAAUGCCUUACACUCUUUGGCUUUAAAGUUAUUUAUAGUCAGCUUUUUUUUUUCCAUCAUUCUCGGCAUCUUGGUCCCCUUUUCCCUUGUAUUGUCGUGAAAUACAAGGUAAAAGGAGUCAAGAUGAGGGGGCCGAGAUGCAAUCUAGGAGCAGACUCUAAUAGAUUUAUAGACUAGUCUUCGAGCAUAGGAGUGUGAUGAACGCCGCCCCCUUCUGUUCUGCUCUAACCGCAGCACCAUGAAAACCGAGCUAUCCGAUAUGAAGCAGCAGAUACGAGGGAUUGAACGCUACGUGUACGACGUUUGCGAAAAGUGCAUGCGACGAGUGCUCAAAACUGACUUCAUACACUCUGAG